AUGGACUUGGUGGAUGUACCUUCGAAUGGUAAUAGGUUUACGUGGUCAAAUAAGGUGGGCAGUUGCAAAAGCAGGUUGGACAGAUUUUUGUUGUCUGAAGGCUUAGUCGAUGGUUGGAAGAUUGUGGGCCAAAAAGUUGGGGACAUGGACAUAUCUGAUCACGCCCCUAUUUGGUUAAAGGCGAACGAUAAAGACUGGGGCCCUAAACCCUUCAGAUUCAUCAAUUGUUGGUUGGAAGAUAGAGAGUUCUUAAAGUUUGCAGAGGAUUCAUGGAAAGACUUUGCCGUAGCCGGAAAUUAUACGUUCAUGUUAAAGGAGAAUCUGAAACUUCUAAGGAACAAACUCAGAAUUUGGAAUAAAGAAUCUUUUGGAUGGAUCGACCUCAAAAUCGAAGAGGCAAUAAAGGUUUUGAAUUCUGCAGAGAGCCAGCUUACAGGUACUGUUGAUGUUGCAUUAGCAAGACAGGAGAGGGAAUUGAAAAGAAAGGCGGCAAUGGACGACCUCUGGAAGCAUUUGCGCCUUCAAGAAAGCCUUUUGAGACAAAAGUCGAGAAUCAAAUGGCUUAAGGAGGGUGAUCAAAACACGAGAUACUUUCAUCAUGUGGUUAAGGAUAGGAGGAGGAGAAAUAAUAUCGUCGCGGUCCAUUCAACUCAAGGGGUCUUGGUGGAGGAUGUUAACGGGAUUCAGAAUGAUAUUGUCAACUUUGUGAUGGAGUUCCACACUACAACCUUUCUCCCUAAGGCAAUCACUGCCUCCUUUUUAGCCCUUAUUCCGAAAAAUCCUAAUCCGCAAGGGUUGAACGAGUACCGCCCCAUCUGCCUUGUUGGAUGCCUCUACAAAAUAAUCUCUAAAAUUCUGGCUAAUCGCAUUAAGAAAGUUUUGAAGAGCAUCAUUUCUCCCUGCCAGUCCGCCUUUGUACCGGAUAGGCAGAUAUUGGACGGUGUUUUGGCUCUGAACGAAAUUGUGGACCACGCAAGGAAGGAAAAAAAGGAAUGCUUUAUUUUCAAAGUGGAUUUCCAACAGGCUUACGACUGCGUGAACUGGGGAUUCCUGAGAAGUUUGUUUCAUAAAUUUGGUUUUGGCUCUAAGUGGUGUAAGUGGAUGGAAGCUUGUGUUUUCAACAGCUCUAUGUCGAUUCUCGUCAACGGAAGCCCAACAAAAGACUUCUGGGUGGAGAGAGGAUUACGCCAAGGAGACCCUUUGUCUCCUUUCUUGUUCACUCUUGUAGCAGAAGGGUUGGCUAUGGUUGUGCAAAAGGCUGCUGCAUUGGGGAGGUUUGAAGGUUACAAAAUAAAGGAAAAUUUGGAGAUUAGAAUUCUUCAGUUUGCAGACGAUACGGUGUUAGUGGGAAGUGGUUGCUGGGAAGAUUUCUUGGACAGAGCAUCCCAAUUUCUUUGCUGCAGUAGAGAAGUUUUUCCUUUCAAAUUCCUUGGAAUCCAUGUUGGGCUCAAUCCAAGAAGAUGUAGUUCGUGGACUCCGGUUGUGAGUAGUUUGAAGAAAAGAUUAUCGUCGUGGAAGGCUCGCAUGAUUUCCAUCAGGCGCAGGGUCACUCUUUUGAACUCGGUUCUGUCCAGCAUUCCGGUUUUUACGAUGUCGUUUUACCGAGCUCCUAUUAAGAUAAUUAAAGAAAUUAUAUCUAUUCAAAGCCGCUUUCUCCGGUGCGGAAAUGAAGAAAAGAAAUGUAUAAGCUGGGUCAGUUGGGCAAAUAUUUGCAAACCGAAAGAGGAAGGCGGAUUAGGAGUGAAACAUAUGGGACUCUUUAACAAAGCGCUCCUUUGCAAAUGGAAGUGGAGGAUCUUAUCGGAGAGAGGUUCUGUAUGGAGAGAUAUUCUGGAAGCUAGAUACGGUGAUUUAAACAUAGCUGUGAUUAGGGAUUCGGAUCAUAAAACCAAAAGGAAAGACUCGGUGUGGUGGAAGUACUUAUGUGCGGCAAGCUCGCACAAAACUAACUCUUUUGAUUGUUUUGCAGGUAACAUUAGAUUCGGUCUGGGACAAGGGAAUAUCAUUUCAUUUUGGCACGGAAUUUGGAUAGGGGGCUCUCCCUUUAAGUCUCUGUUCCCUGCUGCUUUCUACUUGUCGCGUCGGCAAAACGGUUUGGUGUGCGAGAUGGGCAGCUGGCAGUGUGGGUUGUGGUGCUGGGAUCUUGAUAUCCCAGGAGAAUUGCUGCUGGUAAACCCCACUGCAAUGAUGGAGGUCAUGGAUUUGGUGGAAAUUUUGGCUUCUGUAAAACCUGUUGAAUUGCGGAGUGAAGAAGAGCCUGUGGAUGAGAGUUCGGCAAGGGCCCUGAAUCUUUUUUGGACAACUCAAAUUCCUUCAAAACUCAAGGUGUUUGGGUGGAGAAUUCUGCUUGAUCGUUUGCCGUUGAAAUUUCAAUUGGCAAGGAGAGGAAUUAUUAUGAAUGAUCAAGAUAAAAUGUGUGUAUUUUGCGGGUCUGAGGUGGAAGAUCUAAACCAUUUGCUGUUUUCUUGUUUGCUGUCUAAGAAUGUGUGGAGCAACGUAGGAUUAUGGUUAGAUAUCCAACAGUUGGAUGGGGGGCCGGUGUUCAUCACUUGGAACACUUUCUUGAAGCUCUUAAGGGGAAAGUUAAAAAGAAGAAAAUUUGCUUAA